UACUAUCUUGACUGAAUGAAUUGUAAAAGUCUAGAUAUAGACGGGACGGACCAUUCGAUUGAUUCGACUAUUCUGAGCAAUCAAAUUCAAUUCAAUUCAAUGAAUGAAAAUAAAGCAGACCUUUUCUCUUUGUUAGCUUAGGGCGGAUUCCUUCUAUUACUAUACUAUACUUCACCCCAGAGCACUUUUUACUUUACCUGAAAUUAAUCAAACUUACUUCUGAAAAAAGUCGGCCUGCGUUUGCAAAUUUAAAAAAAAUUGUACUCUUUUGUAAAAAAAAUCCUUUGAUUUCUAUUGGUUAUUUUUUGGAUAUCGAGAUUGGCAAGUUAGUACUCGGAUAGUAUUGGAGUAUAGUUAGACAGUUGGAGAUUUUGAAAAGAGAUUUUUUGACAGAAAUUCUUUACUUUCUGUUGUUACAAUUUGUCAAAACUGUCUCGAAUCUGUCGAAGGUAAUCACGAGCGAUGAACGGACUUAGGUUUGAAGACCAGCCUCAAGUUCCCUGUCAGUACCCCUUAACUAUAGACAGCGGAGGAGGAGCGGGGGGUUCAAUCACCCCUUUCGAAUCAAACCCGGGGGUUCAACCCAGUUCCCUUCUCAACGCCAACGGUGGAUACCACCCGACACCCGGUAGUGCCACCGGGUCAACCACGCAACAGCAGUCUUCAUCUGCCGGCGGUGGAGCCGCACAACAAGCAUACACUCCUCAUCCCGUGUCGGUGUCAGUCCCCCCUCACGGGACCUCGACUGGGGGUGUGUUGCAGUCGGGGGUUGUUCCAGGGGGGCAUCAUGGGAGUAUGGGGGGAGUGACUCCCCAUGGCCAAGACGGAUGCGUGCAGGAUAAAGAUUCGGUUUACAACCACCCCCUGUUCCCCCUGCUGGAUCUGGUGUUUGAGAAGUGUGAGCUGGCCACCUGCACCCCCAGAGAGCCAGGAAUGAGUGGGGCUGACAUCUGCUCCUCCCACUCUUUCACAGAAGACAUUCACCACUUCUCAAAACAACUGUUCGAGGGAAUGAGCAACGAGAAGAGCAAUGUGUACAGCGACCAAGACACCGACUCAUUGAUGUUGCUGGCAAUUCAAGUCCUUAGACUUCAUCUUCUUGAGUUGGAAAAGGUGCAUGAACUUUGUGACAACUUCUGUGAGAGAUACAUAGAAUGUCUCAAGACCAAAAUGCCGAUGGAUUUGAUAGUCGAAGACAAAGAAGGGACGACCUCAUCUGCAACUGUAUCUACAAACUCCACGUGUUUAACCAACUCGAGUAGUAGUGCAGUGGGCAGUAUGUCCAGUAAGCCUAACAGGGUUCCAUCUACAGGCAAUGAUGACACUAAUAGCACGAAUGACUUCGAAGAGUUCGCGCCGCCCUCUUGUAAUGACAUGAACGACACGGACGUCCUGUCUCCGUCGCUCACCAACUUUUCCUCGUCCUCCGGCGGGAUACCACGUGAUCACCAUUCAAACCACGUGACCAAAUGCACGACUUCCAAUCCGAACAACCUUCCCGACUUCCUUCCAAACUCAUUCGGCCUCUCGGCUUCAAAUAUCGACCAAUCACAGCAGUCCAUUAACUGCAACCAACUUCCUUCAGUGCACCAUUUGUCAACGAACCAAUCAGCGACCUCCAAAAUCAACCAAUCAAAUUCCGCUCUCAACAUUUCGAACAACGUUUCCUCAACUCAUGGAAACUCCACACAACUUUCCUUAAAUGGAAACAUAGGCACGAAUAAUUCCAAGCACGACUCUAACAAGUACAAUAGUGCCAUAUAUGGAAAGGAUUCGAGCAAAUCGACAAAACAUGGCCUGGAUAAAAACGGAAACACCAAAAAAUCUCAGUCGCAAAAUUCGUCUCCAGAAGUGUCCGAUCGUUCCGAUAGCUUCAGUCCCGUAAACACAAACAACACGACAAACAAUGACUCAUCGGGGGGUGGGGCUACCAACAACCACAACAACAAUCAGGGAGUGACGUCACCCACAGGGUCAGAUGAGUCCAUGGACCCCAAGAAACCCCAGAAGAAGAGGGGAAUAUUCCCCAAGACUGCCACUAAUAUCAUGCGGGCAUGGCUCUUCCAACACUUGACGCACCCCUAUCCUUCGGAAGAGCAGAAGAAACAACUGGCCCAAGACACCGGACUGACAAUCCUACAAGUUAAUAACUGGUUCAUAAAUGCGAGACGUAGAAUUGUGCAGCCGAUGAUCGAUCAAUCCAACAGAGCAGGCAUGCCAGCGGCAUACGCGGCCGAUGCUUCGCAAAUGGGAGCAUUUAUGCUAGAUGGACAACAGGCUCCAUACCAUCUCAGACAUCAUCCAAUGAUGCAUGCCGCAGCAACUCUGGCUCAUGGUGGUAACCCAGGAGCAGACAUGGCAGCCGCCACUCAAUUCGCAGCCGGCUAUCCGGGAGCAGCGGCCGCGGCAGCCUCUGGAUUCCACCACCACCCCUCCCAGGCGGCCAUGUUGAUUCCUGGACACCCCCACGCGGCUAUGAUGAUGCCCCCUCAUGCAGCGGCCGCACUGCACCACCAGCAUUAUCAGCAGCAGGUAUGUGCUUUAAUGGAUCCGAUGACUACACAACAUGUGAUGGAUUCGAUCCACUCCUAGUUCCAAAUCCAAUCCGACCAAUCAGAAAGCGUGAUUUAUUAUCCAAUCAGAUCACGCCGUUCGAAACUGACACUGGUCGACCUACCUUAUAUGGUAACGGGCGACUACCAAAUACAAAUGGUGCUAAAUCUAUUUAAAUUUCUCAAAUUUUCUCUAUUCAAAAAACUUUUUCUAUCAAUGUGUACUACAACUUAUAUUACCCAAAACUGAUUUUCUGCUUCAAACUACAAGUUAUUAUUCAUUGAUCGUUAUUUAAAUUUUACUGCCAUUUCUACCUGAAAACGUUUUCAUAAAAACAGUUUCAGAGAUUUUUGGUUAUCGGGCUUUAAAUUAGUAAUAAUUUUUGUAUUCAUUUCUCAGCUUUUGUUAUAAAUUUUAGAUUUAUUUUGCUCUUGCUCAAUCUGAUUUAAAUGAGAUGUAGUUUUUCAUGUUUCAAAACCGAUUAAGUUGCUAAUGCAAAUCUCU